GCUAGGCAGCCUACACUGUGCACCACACAGGCACAUGCAUUCAAGGAUCUGACAACACUGGGACUUGACAUAAAGUGAAGAGAAUAAACCAGAGAAGGAAUACGGUGCAGGCAGGAUACCCAGCUGCUUGGAAAUAACUUUCCUGUCACUGUCAGUGGAAGCCAGGAGCUCCUGUCUGACACUUAGACCUACCCUGAGAUUUGGGAGGGAAGGAUAUACCCCUGGGACAUGCAAUUUUUGGAAAGGAUUUAAGGUGACCUACAUCGUGAGGAUGUUUGGAGCUAGACAGCAUCGCUACUUUGGAUGGCUGGUGGUUCUGUGGGCACUUGGAGCACUUCAGGGGGCAUGCAGCCAGGCAGUGUGUGCAGGAACAGAGAACAAGCUGAGCUCUCUCUCUGAUCCAGACCAACAGUACAAGUCCCUGCGCAAGUAUUAUGAGAACUGUGAAGUGGUAAUGGGGAAUCUGGAGAUCACCAGCAUUGAGCAUGGGCACAACCUCAGCUUCCUGCGGUCAAUUCGAGAAGUGACAGGGUAUGUCCUUGUGGCUCUGAAUCAGUUUGACUACCUCCCACUGGAGAACCUGCGCAUAAUUCGUGGAAACAAAUUGUACGAAGACCGAUAUGCUUUAACCAUCUUCCUGAACUACCUGAAGGAUGGGAAACAUGGGCUUCGAGAGCUUGGUUUAAGAAAUCUUACUGAGAUUCUAAAUGGAGGAGUGUAUCUGGAUCGAAACGACUUCUUGUGUUAUGUGGAUACCAUAAACUGGCAGGACACCGUACGCAAUCCCAAUGCCACAGUGAUCUCCAUGAACAGAAAUCCAAAUUGUGGGAAAUGUCCAAAAGCUUGUCCCGAGCACUGCUGGGGUCAAUCCGAGAACCAAUGCCAGAGACUGACGAAGAUCGUGUGCGCUGAGCAGUGUGAUGGCCGCUGCUAUGGACCAUAUGUUAGUAACUGUUGUCACCGGGAAUGCGCUGGAGGCUGCUCAGGACCUAAAGACACUGAUUGCUUUGCCUGCCUGAAAUUUAAUGAUAGUGGCUCCUGCGUUACCCAGUGUCCUCAACCCAAUAUAUAUAAUCCAACAGCUUUUCAACUGGAACAAAACCCCAAAGCCAAGUACACAUAUGGAGCUUUUUGUGUGAACAAAUGCCCACAUAAUUUUGUUGUGGAUGACAGUUCUUGUGUCCGUGCCUGUCCUAGUAACAAGAUGGAAGUAGAGGAAAAUGGCAUCAAGAUGUGCAAGCCUUGUGCUGGAAUAUGCCCCAAAGUGUGUGAUGGCAUUGGGACGGGAUCGCUCAAGACUUCUCAGAAUGUGGAUUCAAACAACAUAGACAAGUUUAUAAACUGUACAAAGAUCAAUGGGAAUCUCCUGUUCUUGGUUACUGGAAUUGAUGGCGAUGCCUACCACAAUAUAGCUCCUUUGAAUCCAGAGAAGCUGAAUAUUUUUCAUACCGUCAGAGAGAUCACAGGUUAUCUCAAUAUCCAGUCCUGGCCAAAGAACAUGACAGACCUUAGUGUCUUUUCGAACCUGGUUAGCAUCGGGGGCAGAGAUUUAUACAGUGGGAUCUCACUGCUCAUUCUCAAGCAACAGAGCCUCACAGCUCUAAAACUCCAGUCCCUCAAAGAAAUCAGCGCCGGAAAUGUCUAUAUCACUGAUAACCACAACCUAUGCUACUACAAUACCAUCAACUGGACCUCUCUGUUUAGGACAUCCAGCCAGAAAUCCACCAUUAGAGACAACAGGAAAGCAGAGAACUGCACUGCUGAAGGGAUGGUGUGCCAUCCUCUUUGCUCCAGUGCUGGUUGUUGGGGACCUGGACCUGAUCAAUGCCUGUCAUGUAAAUACUUCAGUCGAGGAAAUACAUGUGUCAGAAACUGCUAUAUUAAAUCAGGAGAGUCUCGAGAGUUUGCCAAUGGUACUGUUUGUCUAAAGUGUGACAGUCAAUGUGAGAAGAUGGAUGGUGGCAUUGCCACAUGUUAUGGACCGGGUCCUGACAACUGUGCAAAAUGUUCCAACUUUAAAGAUGGCCCUAACUGUGUAGAGAAAUGCCCCGAAGGUCUGCAAGGGGCGCACAGCUUCAUUUUUAAAUACGCAGAUGAGGAUAGAGAAUGUCGCCCCUGCCAUUCUAACUGCACUGAUGGAUGUAGAGGACCACGCAUCAAAGACUGCAUAGGAAUCAUAGACAGGACUCCCCUGAUCGCAGCAAGUGUUAUCGGAGGGUUAUUUAUUAUAGUCAUCAUGGGACUAACCUUCGCAGUCUACAUUCGCAGAAAGAGCAUUAAAAAGAAGAGAGCCUUGCGCAGGUUCCUGGAGACAGAGUUAGUGGAACCAUUAACACCAAGUGGCACAGCACCAAACCAAGCCCAGCUGCGGAUCCUUAAGGAAACAGAGCUUAAGCGGGUCAAAAUCCUGGGUUCAGGUGCCUUUGGCACUGUGUACAAGGGCAUCUGGGUUCCUGAAGGUGAAACUGUAAAGAUUCCUGUGGCAAUCAAGAUCCUGAAUGAGACGACGGGACCUAAAGCCAAUGCUGAAUUCAUGGAUGAAGCACUGAUUAUGGCUAGCAUGGAUCAUCCCCACUUGGUCCGCUUACUUGGAGUCUGCUUGAGUCCUACUAUUCAACUAGUCACCCAACUAAUGCCUCAUGGAUGCCUUUUGGAUUAUGUACAUGAACACAAGGAUAACAUUGGCUCUCAGCUUCUUCUUAACUGGUGUGUCCAGAUAGCAAAGGGCAUGAUGUACCUGGAGGAACGCCGCUUGGUUCACAGAGACCUCGCAGCCAGGAAUGUAUUGGUAAAGUCUCCUAACCAUGUGAAGAUCACAGACUUUGGACUAGCCCGUCUACUGGAAGGAGAUGAGAAGGAAUAUAAUGCUGAUGGCGGCAAGAUGCCGAUUAAGUGGAUGGCCCUAGAAUGCAUUCAUUACAGGAAGUUUACCCAUCAAAGUGAUGUCUGGAGUUAUGGUGUCACUAUAUGGGAGCUAAUGACAUUUGGUGGAAAGCCCUAUGAUGGAAUACCAACACGGGAAAUCCCUGAUCUACUGGAGAAAGGAGAAAGACUUCCUCAGCCACCUGUGUGCACCAUUGACGUUUAUAUGGUGAUGGUGAAGUGUUGGAUGAUAGAUGCUGAUAGUCGUCCCAAAUUUAAGGAGCUGGCUGCAGAAUUUUCUAGGAUGGCAAGAGACCCACAGAGAUACCUUGUCAUACAGGGGGACGAUCGCAUGAAGCUUCCCAGCCCCAAUCACAGCAAGUUCUUCCAAAAUCUCCUUGAUGAUGAAGAUUUAGAAGAUAUGAUAGAUGCUGAAGAGUAUCUUGUCCCUCAGGCCUUUAAUAUCCCACCUCCAAUCUACACCUCUAGGACACGAAUCGACUCCAACAGAAGUGAAAUUGGACACAGCCCUCCUCCUGCCUACACCCCUAUGUCAGGAAAUCAGUUUGUGUAUCGAGAUGGAGGCUACACAACACAAGAAUCAGUGACCCUGCCAUACAGGCCUCCUGCUUGUCCCAUACCAGAAGUUCCUACAGUCCAAGGUGCAACUUCUGAAGUGUUUGAAGAUACAUGCUGCAAUGGUACUCUCCGCAAACAGAAUACAGAACGAGCUCCAGAGGACAGUAGUCUACAAAGAUACAGUGCUGACCCCACUGCAUUUGUACGGGAACGUACCUCAAGGAGCGUUGUAGGAGAAGAUGGUUACAUGACACCCAUGAAAGAAAAACCGAAGACAGACUACUUAAACCCUGUGGAAGAGAAUCCUUUUGUCUCGAGAAGAAAAAAUGGUGAUCUCCAAGCUCUUGAUAACCCUGAAUACCACAAUGGACCCAAUGGGCAACCAAAAUCAGAGGAUGAAUAUGUCAAUGAGCACCUUUACUUUAAUUCUUAUGCCAAGCCUAUGGAAAAUGUUGAAUUCAUGAAAAGCAAUGGACUAACUGUGCCAGAAAAAGCCAAAAAGGCAUUUGACAACCCAGAGUACUGGAACCAUAGCUUGCCUCCCAGGAGCACCAUUCAACACCCAGAUUAUCUACAUGAGUACAGCACAAAAUAUUUUUAUAAGCAAAAUGGACGGAUCAGGCCUGUGGUUGCAGAAAAUCCCGAAUACCUGACGGAGUUCACUCUGAAGCCAGGCACUGUCCUCCCCCCUCCACCUUACAGGCACCGGAACACUGUUGUGUAGAACUUUCAGUAUUAUUGAUAUUGGGAGAAACCCAUGAAAUCCCAUAGAGUCCUUGAGCCCUCCUACUCUAAUAGCCACCUUACUUCCUCAGGUGUGCUCUCUCAUGCAAGAUCUCUCCCAUCAGAAGGUAAAAGAAUGCAAUAGGUUAGUUUAUUAUUAUUUAUUAAAGAGAGCACUUGAUGUCCGUUCCUGACCGGCAGCUCAUUCAUUAUUGGCAAUUUCUCAUCAGCUUACCAGACACUGGUAGAAACCAUGGAACAACUUAUGAUGCUGUAGCAACUGAUCACCUCAUAUUUCGUGUUUCCAUUUUGCAGACAUUGUAAUAUAUAUAUAUAUAUAUAUAUAUAUAUAUAUAUAUAUAUACAUAUAUAUAUAUUAACUCAAAGCAGUAUUUCAAGAAGAACCAAAUUGAAAAAAUAAUCUAUAUUUUACAGUAACUACAUCAAUACUGUGAAUUACUAGUCAGUUAAACUAGAGAAAUUGAUUGUGUCUUCCUCUGCAGAACACCUCAUUGACUGUGGGCUGAGGAGGCAUGGUUCUCUUUGCUAACUUUUAAUAUUAAAUCAUUUUUAUUUAUUUUUUAGGUUUUCAUAUCACAGGGUUUGUAUUUUUUAAAUAUGAGAAUAAUUGAUAUGCAAAGUAUAGUUUGAGCUAUGAUAUAUUAGUGCAGCAAAUUUUAGUCACAUUGUAAAAAGGUGAUCGUAUUACGGUAUGUUGCUUUAUAGCAUACAAGGUGACGUAUUUGCCAAUUAUGAAGUCAACUGGAAAGAUAAAAUGGGACUUAACUGGUAUGAUUUUCAGUUUCACAACAGUAUAAACCCAAGACAUCAUCAGCUGCAUCAGUAUAAGUCCUCUGUCAUGGGCCUAUGAAUGCCAAAAAUACAUGUGUUGGGUGAUCAAGUCCAACCGAUGACAGUCUUAUGAAACAUGCCACAUUUGCUUAAAAAUAUAUAAUAACCAUGGAUUUUUUUAAAAAUAUUCUUUCAUCCCUCUAACUCAUGGCAUUACUACCAUGAAUCCACAACUUAGUACCUGCUUUGCAUUUUGCAUCCAAAUCUACACAAACCUAUUCAUUUAAGAACCCAGCACCAGUGAAGGCUUGCUAAAGGAUUACUGAGACAAACGUGGGAGUAUAUUCCAUACUUUUCCAUCUGGUGACUUACCUAAAGGUGAUAUUACCAGAUUUUGGAGCCAUAUGUUUUAUUUCAGGACUUGAAGUAACUGAGUUAAAGUAGUCUGGUCAACCACCUAUCAAGCAAAAGAGGUCAACAAUGAUGACUGUGGUGUCCUAGCCAGAGGGGAGCUUAAGAGAUGGACUGUAAGGAAAAUUUUAUGCCGCAGGGAAUAGCAGACUUUAGUCUAGAAAGUCAUGUUUGCACUUAAGAUGUUCUUUGUCCUUUAAAGACUGUUGUGUGUUUUAUUUUAUUUUUUUGUUACACAUUUUAUUUUUGGAUUUCGAAUGAAGCAAUAUGGAGGCAACCAGCAGAAUCAAAUGAUGUACACAAAAAAAUCAUAUUAUACAUAUUGUUUGUAACAAAGAAAUUAACUAGAUAUUCAUAUGAAUAUAAGCUAUAGAAUAAUAUAUAUUGUAACGGGUUAGACAGAAUACUAGUGAACAUGAUAAAAAAGAGUUAGAGUCAUGAAUAAUAGGUUUCGGAUUUAAGAGUUGUAUAAUAGCAGACAUGCUAUUGCACCUAAAUUAAAGUCGUAGCCUUUUUUUGGCAGGGGGUCAUUAUAGGAGUGGGGCUGACUACUCAUGUCAUGCUAUUUCCUGUUCAAGGAUGGAAGGUACAGACAUAAAAGCACUUUAUGGUCUUCCCGCAGCUAGAGUUUUCAGAUUUAGGAGAUGAACAUCUACAAUAAAUGUUAUAUGUCAGUGCUCGUCUUCAAAUCUUGUUUCAACACCAUGGUUUCUUGUCAAAUAAUUAAUUUGUGGGAUUUAGUGACCUGUGAUGUUUAGUAGACUGAUCUUAGGUGCCGUGCUGCUUCCAGGUUGAUCUCAUUCCUUACAAGAGCUAUGGAAACCUUGCAAACAUGAACAAAUCUUCUUUGAUGGAUUUUUAUGUUUUAAUUUCUUCUCACAAUAUAUUGUAUGUAGCCUUUCAUUUGGAAAGGAUAUUUGCUCAGAAGCAAAGAUAUAUUAUUGCUUUUUAGAUAUUUGUCUUCCUUUUCUUCUUCUUAAUGUUUGCUGAAUGUACAGUAAGAUCUACUGUAGGUACUUGUUCUGAAAAGCGAGCACAUGUCCAUGGAAUAGUUAAAAGCACCACAGUAUUAUAGAUGAAGUUAUGAAAUUACAAAUGUGUAUAAGCUGAUCUAUGUGAAUAGCAACUCCGAGGACCGUUUGCAUUGAAAUUGCCAAAUGCUACAGAUGAAGAAUAAUGAGAUAUUAUGGACUAAGACAACUCAUCUAUAGUGUGUAAUUGAUCCUUUUUAAAUACCAAUGACGCUUAGAAGAGAGAAGUACGGAUCUCAUGCAUUGUUGACAUUUUGUUACAAAAGCACUGGAUUUUAAAUAAAUUAAAAGCAAUGACCAUACUACGGUGGGAGAACACCCAAAGGAAAAUGAUAAUGGACUUGAUAUUUAGCUUCUCAGCUAGAAACAAGUUUGUCUCUACAGCAUUGUUGCUUGGUGGACUCAUGUUGAACAUAGCAGUGUAUAAUGGCAUUGUACAGUCCAUGGUCAAACCAUUCAGGACAUUUUGUAUGAGAAUCUGGACUAUCUCAGAGUUUUGACAAAAAUACAAGAUGAUCUAGUGCCAAAUCAUGGUUUCCACCGUUGCCAUAUUUUGGCCAUAAAAUUCUUCAUUAACACUGCCAACUACUUACUUUCAUUUUGAUGAGAAAGGUCUUAUUCACAACUUCUAGAUUACUUGGGGAAUUAGUGAGGUUUUUAAGAGGUAGAACUGAAUCUCUGUGUUCAUCUUGGCCAUCAAGUAACUUUCUUAUGGUGUGGACUUUCAUAGAAGUAUGUGCACUAUAUCCAACUUUGAGGACAGUGUAUGGGUGGUUAAGUGCAGGGUGCAACUUAACCACAGACGGUCUUUAUGCAGUGCAGUUACCUUCUGCCCUCAACAUGUAAUGACAUUAUGUAGCAUUAAGUACUUCUGCUGUAAAAUGGGUCGAUUAUUUUAUCCCACAACUGAGAGAAGAUUCUGCCAUGCAAAAUUAUGGCAAAAUCUUCUGUGUGGAGGAUUAACAGAGCAACUCUAUUGUAAUGGCAGCUAAAUAUGAAAGCAAAUGAUUUAUCCUUAAGGGGGUCUGUUGGCAGUUUUACCAUGCAAAAUUGGUGACAGCACUAGUUAGGGGCUGGGCAGAGAAGGACAAAUAUACCUUUUGCAGAGCUUUUUUUAAUAUCAGGAGUUUUGUGAAUAUGAACUUUUAUUUUGCCAGACACUGCUUCUACAAAUGUGCUGGAGGCAGAGCUUCACUGUGAACACUCUCUACAUUGAGCUGCUCAACAGCCCUCCCUUCUGCUCUGAGUGACAGCUCUAGCAUCCAACCAGGAGACUAUUACAGCUGUGAUUCACAGCAGAGUAGAACAACUGUAAGCAUGUCAGUGCAAAGAGUACUUCACAGUAAAAGCACCACCUCUAAGUCAUUUGCAGGUGGGGCACCAAGCAGAAUAAAAUUUCAUAUUCACACUACUCCUGAUAAAAAUAAAAAUAAAUCUCCAUAAAAUAUAUGAUUGUGCUGUUCUGGCUGAACCCUACUUAGUGUCGUCAGUAGUUUUGCAUGGUCCCUUUAUAAUUCAUUGCCAAGACACAAAUCCCCCUGUCAUGGCUACAAUCAAGGCUAAGGACAGAAUAUAUUACUCUUCCUUCCUUAAAAUAGGGUACCUCUAUAGUUUGCUAUGCCAGUCUGGAUCUUCAAGUCAUUGAUGUUCUUGCCAUGCCCCAUAUUGCCAGAAUCUUGUUAUAUUUAUAUAUUUUAGAACCUAGCACAAUAUGAACAAGUAAUUGCUAAAUUUCUGCCAAGCUAGUUCUUAGGAACACUGGUGAACAUUACAUAGAUCUUUUAGCACGUGGAACGAUUUUUUAUUUUUUUUUGGAAUGCUUAUAUCUCUCUUAGGUCCGAUUAAUUAUCAUAACUAUUCAUAGAGUACAUAAAUUAAGUACAUACAGCUGCGCCUUCAGAAAAUGAUUGAUUUUCUGCAAGUAUACCCAGAGAUAACGUUAAUGCCAAUAUAUUGCAGAGGAGAAGCUGCUGGUGUCCAAAUUUCCAGAACUCUCUCUUCUGUAAGGAAUUAAUACAUAAACUCAGACACAUCACUUCUUCUUUUCAUUGCUGUUUUAAGAGGCGCAUAAUGAGAUUUUGGAUUUUAAUCAUCUUAAUUUAAACGCUUCAUUGUUUUAUAUUUUCCCUUGUUCCAAUUUCCUAACCAUUUUUUCUUUAAGAAAUCUUUAAUAAGAUUUAUUAAUUUAAUAUCUUGGUUUUAUAGCCAUUACCAUUUACUUAAGGCACUGUAUACUUUAAUCGUUUUCUGCUUGGUCUCUUUAAGACGCCUCCAGCCACGUGCCCGAAAGCAUCAGCUUUAAAGCGUAUUGUUUCCACAGUGCACUAACAGCGUGUAACUAUCGAUUAACAGUAAAAAACAAUUCCCUUACCGUAUAUAUAAUCCAUCCAGGGUAGAUUUCCAAUACCAGUAAGAUAAAUGCAUAUACACGUCUCAUGAACAACGGCAGGACACAUGGUUAUACAUGACGGAAAUGGAGUUGUAUGUUCACACACAUAAUGCACAUCCCACAUGUAGAUCUGCAACAGAAAUCCCAGGCUUAAGCUUGGAUUUCUGCAGUGGAUACGCAGUGGAUGUGCUGCAAUGUUAUUCAAUGGGGCUAAUCCUCUGCAUUUCUGCUUGAAAUAAGCAGCAUGCAACUGUACUUAUUUGUGCAGAGGAAGAUGCACCCUAAACAAAUAGAGUGCAGAAUCCAAGCUGAAAUCUGCAACUAAACCCAAUAUAAGGAAAAACCCUUAUUGUACAUGCAUUUUCGGUAUUAAUCAAUAUCUGAUAAAGAUACAAGUCGGCACUGGUCUGUUAAGGAACCACAAACUGCAGCAUAGUCCCUAUAUAACAAAAUGGGCAGAGCUGAAUAGGUUGUGCUACUGUCCUUUAGAUCUCUGAGAAAAUCUUGCUAAGGGUAGAGGAGCCAUGCUUGAUAGAAAGUUGGUUUGGUGCCAACCCUACCACCUCCAAGAGCCAUAGCAGAGGCAUAGUAGGUAAGGUUGUAAAAUGUGGUCAUCAACUAUUUUAUGGCUCAUACCCAUGGCCAGAAUUCUGUAAUACAUAGAAAUUUAUGACCCUAUACUCUGCCUUCACAUGCCUCUAAUUUCAUAUGGAGGUAUACGGAGGUUUUCUCGUAAAUUUGUAAGAGCAUCUAUGGCUCCUUAACACGGAGCCUAAUAGGCCUUAGUUCAGUAGUGGGCAGGAGUUUAUUACAAUUGUACUGGUUAAUUUUUUCAAUGGAUAAACACUACCUUUUGCUCUCAUAUUCAGCUGCCUUAAAACUUAAAAAUAGAAAAAAAUAUAUACAAUUGUACGUUACUAAGAAAAUGUGAAUAGUAUUUUUAUAGCUUGUCAGAGAUACAGCCAGUUGAAUUUGUACAUAAGGGUGGGCACUUUCUUCAUUCACAAGACAUCUUCCUUUGGAACGUAGCUGCUCUCUUUUGAGUUGACCUGUAUAUAGCUAUGUACAGCUGGUGGUUUAAAUUCUUGUAUAUUCACUUUUUUUUUUUGCUCAAACUUGGUAUCAUUUUUUGACAUUACUUGUGAUUUUGUUGCCGUGGCUUGCUUAAUUCCUGCACUUGCUUUGAUUAUGUUCUUUUGCUCAGAAAUCCCCUUUGGUUUGUAUAUUUCUACAAUGAAAGACUGUUCCCUGCCAAGGGGCUAUGCAUUUAGUCAAAGUAUCCCCUUGACAGAAGAAGAGACAUGAAGGUUCUGUUUAACUUUUUAAUAUAGUAUUAUUUCUUCAAUUUUCAUUCUUUAUGUUGUAGUUUUAUGUGAGAGACUUUUGAUUAAUGUUGUACUUGUGAUUUGAUCCAUUGCUAAUAUAUUGUAUGAAUGCUGUUUAAGGCAGCCGCAAGUGCUGCGCACUGAUUAUCUACUUUUUUAUUUUAUUUAUAUGCGAUGGGGGUCCUUGGGAAUUAAUAUAUGAAAUCCACCAAUUUCUUGAUCAAACAAUUUGACCACCAAGUACCGAUGAUGCCUGCUAAAAAUAUCACUGCAGAUUUGUCAUGGGCUGUGGUGGGUGUCCUGUCUAGAGACUCUUAAAUCAGGUGAACUAAGAACCAUGUUGGGGGGAUUUCUGCUCUGGCUCUUUUACCUCAGUGCUCCUUUACCUAUCAACUCCACAAUGCAUUGAUCUGAUGUUCACUAUACAUAAAGAAUUGGUCACAAUUGCGUAGCUAAAUUAGCAUUUGUCAUAAAUAGAAAUCACAGUACAAAUCUUCAAACAUUUUGUAAUAAAAAUCUAAUCAUGCCAGCAUACAAUGUAAAUUUACAUGAAUUAUUUUUUCAGUUAGAUCAACUAGUAGUCUUUCCCAAAGAAGAUAUUUUCCAAAUGAAGGUUAAUAAUAUACAGUUUGGCUUAAAGGCACAACCAAGUCAAAAUGAUCUUCUGACACAAUCCUCUAAGCACACAUCCACUUAAUUCAAUGCUCUUUGUUUAGAACAGGGAUGCUCAACCUGCGGCCCUCUAGCUCUUGCAAAACACCCAGCAUGCCCCAAUAGCUGUAGGGUGUCCAGGCAUGCUGGGAGUUGUCGUUUUGCAACAACUGGAGGUCCGCAGGUUGGGCACCCUUUGUUCAGAAUAUUGUGUCAUGGUUCAUUCUAGAAAUCAUUAGUAGGCCAAGAUUUUCACAGUUCACUAAUGUGAUUUUCUAACUGGAUUUUUCUUUUGAAGGGAAUCGGUCACUAGGUUUUCUUUCCCUAAACCACCACCAUGUUAUUCUGCUCUUUAACUUCUCUAGCAUCUUGCUUUUUGAUAAACUGUGUUAUUGAAUUGUGUGUAAAACAGGACUAUAGUAAUUUCUGCACUGUACGCUAACCACCUCCAAAUCAUCUGGGCAGUGCCGUUCCCAUGCCCUUUGUGGAUUGAUUGAUAUUCCAUAGAGCAGGGGUACUAGAGUACUUUUUGUAAAGGUCCAUUUAUCUGCGUCUGCCAUCAGGUGAAGGUCGAAGCCGCAAAAAAAACGAGAGGGAGAUAACAUCGGUGGUGUAUAGCACACUGCGGCAAGUUUUCCCCCCCCCCUAACAAUAAGCCACAUCUCUAAUCCCUCCCAAACCUCUUAGUGUCCCAUCAUGAGAAUGUCCCCUUAGUGCCACCUUACAAUACUAGCUUAUUUACAAAUGGUGCAAGUGGUGCACCACUCCACUGUUAACCAGCAACUAGCGGUCAGGCUGGCCGACGUUGCUUGGUUUGGUUUAGCAAUCAAGUUAGUUGUGGUUUUGGCCACUGUGCACCGAGUCCAUGUUGCGGUGUUAGUUGCCACUAAUCCCAGUCUGAGAUCAACUGAGACGCUUUAUGCGCCAUUCACAUAGUGGGUUUAUAGUUCCAUUUCUCCCACCACUCUAUAUGGCUGUUAUUACAACCAUUCUCAGCUGGCAGAGUCACCGCAGACGGUGGUACGGUAGUGUUCUGCCCUUACAGUGGUAAGGGUGAAAGAUAGCGCUUAAUUGUCAAAGCAAUACACCUACCAGUGAAGUGGUGUACUGUGUUUUUAACACCCCUUAAUUUUUUGGUUCUGUUUAAGUUCAAUUAAAGAGUGCACCUCGCAUACACUUAGCAUUUAGGUUUUACUUGUAUUCAAAUAAAAGUGAAGUAUUAAUUUAUACCUGGGUCAAGACAGGCAUUUGUAAAUAAACUAGUAAAAUUACCUUACCCAGGUCAGGUCCUAAUUAUAUUCAUACCUUACAAUACUGAUGCCCCUUAGUGCCCCUGCUAGAUGGCACUGUGCACGCCCAUGAACUCAAACUCAACAAAGUCAGCAAGGCUUAUAAUGAUGUAGGAUGCACUAUGGGAUGUCAGUCAAGCCACAGUAGACAAGACUUAGCCUGAACUGUGUGAUUAUUACCAGGAAUGCCACCAUCCAAGAGUUUAUCAUUAAUUAGCAUACAUUGCGGAUUGUAUUAUAACCAUAAGGCCAUAAUGUACCAAUUAUUAAAAAGCGUGAUAACAAAGUUACCAGCAGAAUUGGGGUGCCAGUGGCAAAAAGAUAGGACACUUUUUUAAUGAGGAAAUAUUGCAGAAAUUUUUGCAUUUUAGGUUCAUUAAUGGACAUUCAAGGUCAACUUACCUGAACAAUGCAUUGUUGGUAUGAUAUACUACAGCACAAGGGGAAAGGGAAGCACAUUUUUAAGUCAUUGACUAUAUUAUGAUUGUGAUUAAUCUGUUUGAAGUUACAGGACCAGUUACAUUUUCUGACCAAAAGAGCAUGCACAAAAAAAAUAUAUAUACCGUUUGCUCUGUGCCGCCAUUAUCUUCCUAUAUCUAUAUGUAUGUAUAUAUAUAUAUAUAUAUAUAUAUAUAUAUAUUAGUAUUUAUUUCAUUACCCUAAAAUGUAUUCAAAGGGAUGGCCAUUUUGGGGUUUAACAUUUAUUAUUAGGAAGUAUUUGCGUAGUAUGACUCAACUUCCUUCCAAGUGGUUAUACAUACCAGCCUAAAGGUUCCCUGUCCAUGGUAUAUAUAUAUUUAAAAAAAACAUUUAAAUUUGGUAUUCUCCUUUUACUUUUCUUCUAGCACACUCCAUCAUUUCCAAGAUUUGUUCCUUGCAAUAGUCAGAGCAGUGUUCUUUACUAGAAGGGAACUACGGAUAUGAGAAUUGAGGUAAAUAGAGGUAGAGCAGAGUUUCUUAGUUGGCACAGUUCAUUCCAUACGUGAUUUGAGAUAGGACUGAAAAGCUAUCACGUUGCACAAAUACUAGAUGCACAACCCCAGAGCGUAAAAUGAGAAAGUCAACUCUGCUAUAUCCACAUAUUGCUUGGUGGUGGUUAUGAUCUGAGAAGUCUCACUUUUAUGAAAUGGCUGUUCUCAAGGGUCUGUAGCAGAUUAACCUUGUGAAUGCCUCAAGUACAUUGUUACAGACUAUCAACAGACAAAAAAAUUGCAUAAGAAGCAGUUUAGGUUAAGACAUUAGGUCAUGGAUUUGUGUGAAAUAAUGGGAUACAAUUACGGGAUGAACUGCAGCUACUUAAUAGCAUAAUGUUUGAGCUCUAGCUGAGCGGGCUGUGACCCCUGUAACUUCUAACAGAUUCUCAACCAUCUGUGAAAGAGCAGAGAUGCGGUGAGCAGAUCGGGUCCCUGAAAAUUCUGCAUUUGUGCUUUACCCUAUUCUGAUACAUUAGGCUAUAGUCUUUCUAGUAGUCCUGCCAGCAUCAUUUUGUUUCAUUGUCAUGCCAACCAUACCAUCCCGGCUAAACAAUUUGAAACCUGUUCUGCAUUUUUUGUUAAAUGAAUCUGUCAGAAAUAUAUUUUUAAUUUAAUAUAAAUGAAAUUCAAUAAAAUAUGGUCA